AUGGAGUCAAGAUAUUCAGAAAGUACUAUUUCCAAAUGGGAAGAAAAGGAUCAAGAAGAAGGUAUCAAAUUUGAUGAAAAUAAUUUAGAAAAUCAAGAGUUGAAAAGAGGAAGAUCAAGAAAAAGAAGAUUUUCAAUUCAUUCAAGAUCAAACAGUUUAAACAAAAUUUUUCCAAUAAAAGAAAAGUCAGAUCCGUCAAAUGUUUUACCUGGUAUAUUCAAAACCAUAUCUCAUAAAGUUGAUCUUGAGAAUGAACAGAAAGAAUCAACUGUUACCUCAAAAUUUAGUUCAUACACUUAUAAUCUGGAUUCAAUUGAUGAUAUUGCUACAAAAUUUUCAACAAAUUUAAUUCAUGGAUUAAGUGAUUAUCAAUAUCAAGAAAAUUCAAAACUUUAUGGUGAAAAUAAACAAUCAAAACCUCCAAAUGGGCUUUUAAAAAAAUUGUUUAUGUAUUUUUUUGGUGGAUUUGGUGCAUUGUUGUUAGCUGGUGGUAUUUUGUGCAUUAUUAGUUGGAAACCUUUAGGUAAUCCUAAUCCUGCUGUUGCAAAUUUGGUACUUGGUAUAAUUUUGAUUGUUGUAUUUUUAAUUCAAGCUGCUUUUAAUUUUAUUCAAGAUUAUUCAAGUUCAAAAGUCAUGAAUUCAAUUCAUAAUCUAGUCGCUAGUGAUUGUGCAGUCAUCAGAAACGGUAAGCCAUUGACUAUUGAUAGUGUUAAUUUAGUGCCUGGUGAUGUGGUUAAGUUCAGUCCUGGAGUCAAAAUCCCAGCUGAUGUGAGGAUUAUAAGUAAUUCACCUGAUUUGUCAUUUGAUAGAGCUAUUUUGACUGGAGAAUCUAAACCUGUCGUUGCUACAAGUUAUAGUGAUGAAAUCAAUUCGAAUUAUUUGGAAAGUAGUUGUAUUGGUAUGCAAGGUUCUUUUUGUUUGAAUGGUACUGGUAGAGGUAUUGUUGUUUCAACUGGAGAUGAUACAAUAUUUGGUUCAAUAGCAAAAAUGACUUCACAACCUAGAAAAGGUUUGAGUCCAUUACAAAAGGAAAUUUUUUAUUUCGUUGCUUUCAUUUCAGGUGUUAUUUUGUUUCUUGUUAUAUUGACAAUUAUCAUUUGGUGUACUUGGUUACAUAAAGAUUGUCCAGAUUGGAUAAAUGUGUCAAAUUUGAUUAUUGAUUUAGUUAGUUUUGCUGUUGCAACCAUACCUGAAUCAUUACCUGUUUCAAUUGCCUUUGUCUUAUUACUUACAGCUUAUAAAAUGAAGCAGCAACAAAUUUUAGUUAAAAGCUUACAUAUGUGUGGUACUUUGGCUUCAUGUUCGGUACUUUGUUUUGAUAAAACUGGUACUUUAACUCAAAAUAAUAUGAAAGUUGUUGCUACAUGUCUUGGUGAUGAAGACGAUGCUGAAGUUGUUAAGAAUCAUGCUUUCACAAUUGGUACAUUAUGUAAUGAAAGUCAUAUUGUCAAUAAUGUUGCAUUAGGAGGUAACGCUACUGAUAGAGCAAUUUUGCAAUACAUCGAGGAUAAUGUUAAAAGUGAUACCAUUAGAGAUAAAUGGAUUAAAAAAUUAGAUAUUCCAUUCAAUUCAAAGGAUAAGUAUAUGUUAUCAUUAGUUGAACCAAAGAUUAAGAAAUCAUUAUAUGAAGUUGGAUUUGAGGAACUGGAAAGUUACUUAUUAUUAGUGAAGUCAGCACCUGAUGUUUUAAUUGAUAAUUGUAAAUUCAUUAUGACUGAAACUGGUAUAACUCCAUUAAAUUUGAAAAAAUUAAAUUAUUUGAAAGAUUUACAAAAGCAAUGGUCAUCAAAUGGUAAAAGAGUAAUUUUAUUAUCAUCAAAGCUUAUUCAUAAAGAGGCAAUUGAUUUAUUUGAUAGAAAUUUAAGUGCUAAUAUGUUGAAAGAUGAAAUUGAGUCGGGUCUAAUUUUCAUGGGAUUAAUAGCAAUUGAAGAUCCACCAAGAAAGGCUAUUGAUAAGGUAAUUAAUACUUUAAGAAAAGCUGGUAUUAAAAUUGUAAUGAUUACUGGUGAUUAUGAAUUAACAGGUGUUUCAAUUGCUAAACAAUGUGGUAUUGUGACCACAGAAAAAGUUGAUAAAUUAGAUACAUUAGGUUUAAAUAAUUUAGCAGUGAGUAUAACGGGAAAAGAACUUAAUCAAUUAAAUGAAUCACAAUGGGAGCAAUUGGUAAAUUAUGAUGAAUUAGUGUUUACAAGAACUACACCAGAACAAAAGCUAUUAAUCAUCAAACAAUUUCAAAAAUUCAAACAUUGUGUUGGUAUGACUGGUGAUGGUAUUAAUGAUUCUCCAGCAUUAAAACAAGCUGAUAUUGGUAUUUCAUUAAUUGAUGCAUCAGAUAUUGCAAAAGAAGCUGCGGAUUUAAUUUUAAUGAACUCAGAUGGAGAUAAAUUAUUUUUAUCAAUCGUUGAAGCUUUAAAAUUUGGAAGACUAGUUUUUGAAAAUUUGAAAAAAACAAUUGCUUAUUUAUUACCAGCUGGUUCUUAUGCAGAAUGUUGGCCAAUAAUUAUGAAUGUAUUUUUUGGAUUUCCUCAAAUGUUAAGUUCAUUUUUGAUGAUAAUUAUAUGUUGUUUAACUGAUUGUUGUGGAUCAAUUGUUUUGGCAUUUGAAGAAGCUGAAAGUAAUCUAUUGACCAAAAAACCAAGAAUUUUAACAAAUGAAAGAUUAGUGGAUUGGAAGUUAAUGUUUCACUCAUAUAUAUGUUUGGGUACUUUCUAUACAUUUACUUCAUUCAUGGUUUCAUUUUUAAAUUUGACAAGAAGAGGUUAUAAAUUCAAUGAUUUUGCUUUGUCCUUUGGUUCAUAUGAAAGUUUACCAAACAUUGAUCAUUAUUUGGCUAUGUCUUCAUCAAUAUAUUUUAUAAAUUUGGUUAUCAUGCAAGUAUUCAAUUUAAUUUCAUUAAGAACUAGACAUUUGAGUUUAUUUCAACAUUCAAUUUUGAAAAAUAAAAAAGUCAUAUUUGUUAUUCCUUUUGUUUUAAUGGUUAAUUUUAUAAUCAAUUAUAUACCUGCUAUUCAAAAUGCUAUGGGUACUAGUCAAAUUCCUGUCGAAUAUUAUUUUAUUGCAAUUGGGUUUGGAUUGGUUGUUUUUGGUUGGGAUGAAUUGAGAAAGUUCAUUGUUAGAAAAUAUCCAAAAGGAAUUGUUGCAAAAUUUGCCUGGUAA